CUUGUAUAAGUAGGUCAUUGGAUUUCACAGACUGUGACUGGAAUCCCAUUCCGAUUCAACCAUACCUAAAAAUAGAAUGAGUAAGCACAGUCUUAUUCAAUGAAUGGAACACUUCAUCACUAGCUGGUAGCUAGUCUGUCAUUGUUUAUAACCAUCACGCCUGAGAGGUAUGCAACGUCGUCGUGCUUCCCACUGCUCAUGCGUUUCUCGUCCCCCUUGUGCUAUGUUGAUGCGCGACGAUAGUGUUCCACGAAGACGAACCUUGAACGCUUUCAUCACAACUCCAGUUCCGGAGUGGGAACAAAACCAACACACGCAACCAUGCACAAGCAUUCACUGACUGACUGUACGUGAAAUCUCACACGCACGGUGUUAACGCCUUGAAGGUAUGCAGCAGCACGUCCCAUGGUUUGUUCCCGAUUCGCUCGUCGUCAGUGUUUACUACGAUCUCGCGAAACGUUAACGGUUUCUCUUCGCCUACAACGCCGUCCGGUCUCGGUUUGAGACGCAAUUUUCCAUCUCUGAUCGGGUUCAUCUUGGAAUUUCGCAAAUGAAAAUUUGUUGCUAGAGGACCCAUUUUUAACAGAAGUGUUAUAAAAUUGAAACAAUGCCAACCACCUGUAAGAUAUGGCUAACGAACGACACCAAAGUGUACAACUGCGGCGAGAAGGUGGAAGGAACGGUCGAGCUGACCGUAACCGAAACGAAAAGGAUGAAUGCCAUCAGAUUGAUCAUCGCUGGGGUGGCAACCGUGGAUUGGGAUCAAUUCAGGGGAGCGAAGAAAACACUACGAUUCAAAGGAAGUGAGGCAUGUUUUGACUCGGAAAUCGACCUGCUCGGAGCGAAUGGCGAGGAGGUCGACGUUCAGGCCGGCACAUCAACGUACAGUUUCGACUGUUACCUGCCGGACUCGCUGCCUCCGUCCUUCGAGGGAGAACACGGCCGGAUACAGUACAUCAUAACGGUGGUCCUGCAGAGGUCCGGCAGGGUGGAUAAAACCUUCACGAUCGAGUUCACCGUACGAAGGGGCUUGGAUCUGAAUGCCGAACCGUCGGCCGUUCGCCGUCCGGCUCGAGUCGAAAGCAGCAACACGUUCCGCUGUUGGCCAUGCCGCUCGGGACCACUGUUGGUGGAAAUGCAGGUCCCAGCUACCGGUUUCGUCCCCGGCCAAAGGAUUCCGGUGGUUCUGGAGGUCAGCAACCGCAGCGGCUGCAAAAUCCACCUGAUUCAGCUGAAGCUGGUCAUGGUUGUGGCGUACACCAGCGACACCCCACGUGUAAAGGUCAAAACCUAUCGGCAGGAUGUGACCGGAGCUGAGCUAGAUCAAAUCGAUGACCCCGACGUGGUCCGAUAUGAGGAGAGCAUCCUGGUACCGCAGACACCGGUCACCAGUAGCAGUGAUAGCUGCAAGAUCAUCCAAAUCGUGUACGAACUGGAAGCGGAGCUGGAAGUUGGAGCGUUGCAUCAGGUGACGAAACUGGCAAUUCCCAUCGUUAUUGGCACCGUACCACUGGAUACCGAUCGACGAGAGUCCACCAUCAUGGAGAUAGAGUCGUAAUAAUGGGGCUAGCUGAGGUUUGGACCGCUGGAGACUCGUUUUCCAUAUUCAUGUUAACAUUAUACACAUAAAAGUUCAUAACAUAUAUGCUUAUAGUACAAUUUGUUUGCAGUGUUUUAAAACUCAUUAGAAUAAAUAUACUCCCAAUAAUAAAAUAAUGUCGCUCAAAAAGUAUCGUCACAAA